GAGAACGUUACCUUUUAUGGAGAACGCCCGCAGUCCGCCGGGAGAAAUAAAGCUGCUGCGGUGGGUGUUGUAAUGCUGCAGUAAGUGAACACCGCUGGGACAGAGAACCACCGGCUGGACCACACCUACAGACAUCCGCUACUCACCUGCGACAGAAAUGGAGGACGACAUCUCUGCUCUCGUUGUUGACAAUGGUUCUGGUAUGUGCAAGGCCGGGUUUGCUGGGGAUGAUGCUCCUCGUGCAGUUUUUCCCUCCAUCGUUGGGCGCCCCAGACAUCAGGGUGUGAUGGUGGGUAUGGGACAGAAGGACAGUUAUGUGGGAGAUGAAGCCCAGAGCAAGAGGGGUAUCCUAACCCUGAAGUACCCCAUUGAGCAUGGCAUCGUGACCAACUGGGAUGACAUGGAGAAGAUCUGGCAUCACACCUUCUACAACGAGCUCCGUGUUGCUCCUGAGGAACAUCCAGUCCUUCUGACAGAAGCUCCACUCAACCCCAAAGCCAACAGAGAGAAGAUGACCCAGAUCAUGUUUGAGACCUUCAACACUCCAGCCAUGUAUGUGGCCAUUCAGGCUGUCCUGUCUCUGUACGCUUCUGGUCGUACCACAGGUAUUGUGAUGGACUCUGGUGAUGGUGUAAGUCAUACUGUCCCAAUCUACGAAGGUUACGCUCUGCCUCACGCCAUCCUGCGUCUGGAUCUGGCUGGUAGGGAUCUGACGGACUACCUGAUGAAGAUCCUCACUGAGAGGGGCUACAGUUUCACUACUACUGCUGAGCGUGAGAUUGUGCGAGACAUCAAGGAGAAGCUCUGCUACGUGGCUCUGGACUUUGAGCAGGAGAUGCAGAUGGCAGCUUCAUCCUCUUCCCUGGAGAAGAGCUACGAGCUUCCUGAUGGACAAGUCAUCACCAUCGGCAACGAGAGGUUUCGCUGCCCUGAGGCCCUCUUCCAGCCUUCUUUCCUUGGAAUGGAGUCUGCUGGUAUUCAUGAAACUACUUACAACAGCAUCAUGAAGUGUGACGUGGACAUCCGUAAGGACCUGUACGCCAACACCGUACUGUCCGGCGGUACCACCAUGUACCCGGGCAUUGCUGACCGCAUGCAGAAGGAGAUCACUGGCCUGGCCCCACCCACCAUGAAAAUCAAGAUUAUUGCACCACCAGAGAGGAAGUACUCCGUCUGGAUUGGUGGCUCCAUCCUGGCCUCUCUCUCCACCUUCCAGCAGAUGUGGAUCAGCAAACAGGAGUAUGAUGAAUCUGGUCCAGCGAUUGUCCACCGCAAGUGCUUCUAAAGCGCCACUCUCCUGUCCCAGUGGUCGACGUGCUUCAACUGCUGCAUCCAGCUGAGAUGUCUGGUUCAUCUCGUGUAAACGGACUGAAUCCUGCCUCACAAGAUUAACCAGCAAUGGUUGAAUUUCAGCCUGAUGCUGAAUGUAGGAACAGUCAACUUAAAGGAAAUCCACCCAGUUUGUUCAGAGACUGCACCACCUUGGAUGGCUGUACUUGAGCCUCAGAUCAACCAUGACGGUCUCUGCAGUGACUGGAGUUCUAUUUUUAUAGCCUCUUGCUGCAACGUUACAAAAUAUGAAAUAACUGUAAAAUCUGAUCUGAAAAUAAAAUGUUUACACAUUG